AUGGAGGAGCGGGCUUUGCUAACAGUUGAUGAUGAUGAAUUCUGGGAAGGCGUGUCCCCUGUGGAAUUUGGGGAUCUGCCUGCACUUCAAGAUGCUGUUACAGUUGUUGGUUAUCCAAUUGGCGGUGAUACGAUAUCUGUAACAAGUGGGGUGGUGUCGCGGAUAGAAAUUCUUUCCUAUGUUCAUGGAUCAACCGAACUUCUAGGAUUGCAGAUAGAUGCUGCUAUAAACUCUGGCAAUUCUGGAGGACCUGCUUUUAAUGACAAGGGAAACUGUGUCGGUAUUGCAUUCCAAUCACUCAAGCAUGAAGAUGCAGAGAAUAUUGGCUAUGUUAUUCCAACACCUGUCAUCAUGCACUUUAUCCAAGAUUAUGAAAAGAAUGGAACAUAUACAGGAUUUCCUAUUCUCGGAGUUGAGUGGCAGAAGAUGGAAAAUCCGGACUUGCGGUUAUCCAUGGGGAUGAAGCCUGACCAGAAAGGUGUGCGGAUAAGAAGAAUCGACCCAACUGCUCCAGAGUUCCAGGUCUUGAGACCAUCAGAUAUCAUCCUUAGCUUUGAUGGCGUUAAUAUUGCCAACGAUGGAACAGUUCCAUUUAGGCACGGAGAGCGCAUAGGCUUUAGUUACCUUGUGUCCCAGAAGUAUACUGGGGAUGAUGCUGUAAUAAAAGUUCUUCGUGAUUCUAAAACUCUGAAGUUCAACAUCAAGCUCGGCUCGCAUAGAAGGCUUAUUCCAGCUCACAACAAAGGCCAACCUCCCUCAUAUUACAUUAUUGGUGGUUUUGUUUUUACGACUGUUUCAGUUCCAUAUCUCCGCUCUGAGUAUGGGAAGGAGUACGAGUAUGAAGCCCCAGUCAAGUUGUUGGACAAACUCGUGCACGAAAUGCCGCAAUCACCUGAGGAACAAAUUGUUGUCGUUUCUCAGGUGCUCGUGGCCGACAUCAACAUUGGAUAUGAGGACAUUGUAAACACUCAGGUUCACGCCUUCAAUGGUCAGCCUGUGAAGAAUCUGAAGAGCUUGGCUAGGAUGGUAGAGAGCUGUGAUGAUGAAUAUUUGAAAUUCGACUUAGAGUACCAACAGGCAAAACAAAAAAGCCUCCUUCUUUUUCUCACUAUUGUUGUCUUACAAACAAAGAAUGCGAAAGCGGCUACCUUUGACAUUCUUUCAACCCAUUGUAUACCAUCAGCCAUGUCGGAUGAUCUCAAGGCAUAAAGACAUGAUGACAUCACACCGGUAUACUUACAAACAUAUUUGUAUCUGAUAUACUUUUCAUUUCAUAAAAAAGAUGUUCACUAGCAAAUUUUCGGUUAGCUGGUCGAUUAAGAGUACUCGGUAAGUGGCAUGGUUACGGUUUGAGUAGGCGGGUGAUUUAUUUAUUGAACUCUUUUUACUGCUAAUCUCUAUCCUUCUCUUUUACUUCUUUUUCGGUUAUGAGUCGAACCUAUAUGUUGAUGCUGUCUUCACGUGAGUUUCAAUUGUCUGAUCACAUACACACGUGCA